AUGGGCACCAUCCAGUCGGAGACCGACUGUUAUGACAUCAUUGAGGUGCUGGGCAAGGGCACCUUCGGGGAGGUGGCCAAGGGCUGGCGACGAAGCACAGGCGAGAUGGUGGCCAUCAAGAUCCUCAAGAAUGACGCCUACCGCAACCGCAUUAUCAAGAAUGAACUAAAGCUGCUGCGCUGCAUGAGGGGCCUGGACCCAGAGGAGGCCCACGUUAUCCGCUUCUUGGAGUUCUUCCAUGAUGCUCUCAAGUUCUACCUGGUCUUUGAGCUGCUAGAGCAAAACCUUUUCGAGUUCCAGAAGGAGAACAACUUUGCGCCCCUCCCUGCCCGCCACAUCCGUACAGUCACCCUGCAGGUGCUCAGAGCCCUGGCCCGGCUCAAGGAGCUGGCCAUCAUCCACGCCGAUCUCAAGCCUGAGAACAUCAUGCUGGUGGACCAGACUCGCUGCCCCUUCAGGGUCAAGGUGAUCGACUUCGGCUCGGCCAGCAUUUUCAGCGAGGUGCGCUACGUGAAGGAGCCAUACAUCCAGUCGCGCUUCUACCGGGCCCCCGAGAUUCUGCUGGGGCUGCCCUUCUGUGAGAAGGUGGAUGUGUGGUCACUGGGCUGUGUCAUGGCUGAGCUGCACCUGGGCUGGCCCCUCUACCCGGGUAACAACGAGUACGACCAAGUGCGCUAUAUCUGUGAGACCCAGGGCCUGCCCAAGCCCCAUCUGCUGCAUGCUGCCCGCAAGGCCCACCACUUCUUCAAGCGCAACCUCCACCCUGAUGCCACCAACCCCUGGCAGCUCAAGUCCUCGGCUGACUACCUGGCUGAGACCAAGGUGUGUCCACUGGAGCGCCGCAAGUACAUGCUCAAGUCAUUGGACCAGAUCGAGACAGUGAAUGGCGGUGGAGGAGCCAGUCGGCUGAGCUACUCGGACCGGGAGGUAAUGGCCGAGCAUGCUGACCUCAAGAGCAUGGUAGAGCUGAUCAAGCGCAUGCUGACAUGGGAGUCGCAUGAACGCAUCAGCCCCAGCGCAGCCCUGCGCCACCCCUUCGUGUCCAUGCAGCAGCUGCGCAGCGCCCACGAGACCACUCACUACUACCAGCUCUCUCUGCAUGGCUGCCGCCUCUCGCUGCAGGUGCAGAGCAAGCCACCCGCACCCGUUGUGACUGCCACAGAAGAUGGGCCCCCUUACUACCGUCUGGCUGAGGAGGAGGAGGCGAUGGGCAUAGGCAGUGUGGCAGGCAGAGGGCCCUUCUUCCAAGAGGAGAAGGUGCCAGGCAUGCAAAGAGCCAUCGACCAGCUGGAUGACCUGAGUCUGCAGGAGGCAGGCCAUGGGCUGUGGGGUGAGACUCGCGCUGAUGUGGCCUCUAACACGCUGGCACCACUCAAGGCAGCCACUUCUGGCCUCCGGGUACCUGACCUGGGCCCUGAGCCCAUUCUGGCUUUCUAUGGCAGCCGCCUGUCUGGCCGCUACAAGGCCCGCAAGCCACCCUCAGGCUCCAAGUCUGACUCCAACUUCAGCAACCUCAUCCGGCUGAGUCAGGCCUCACCUGAGGAUGAUGGUCCCCGCCGGGACAGUGGCUGGGAGGAAGGAGAGCGCUGCAGGGCCUCUGCUGAGCCGCCUGCCAUCCCACAGCGGGAUGGGGAUGGGCCCAACAUCAAGGAUAUGAACAUGGACACUGAGAAGUCAGGCUCUGAGCUCUUUGACCCCAGCAGCUCUCCUGGAGAAUGGCUGAGUGAGCCAGACUGGACCCUGGAAGGCGUCAGGGGGCCACGGGCUCAAGGGCUCCCACCUCGGCACCCCCACCCACGUGGUCUGCCCCGGGCCCCCAGCUUUCUGCAGCACGUUGGUGGGCACCACUGA